AUGGUCGUGGCUCUGAAGGAGCUGUCCAUCCGUGGAGACUUCCGGACUACAGUGGAGUACCUGAUCAAGCUACUGGAGACUGAGAGCUUCCAACAGAACCGCAUCGAUACUGGCUGGUUGGAUCGGCUCAUUGCAGAGAAAGUGCAGGCAGAGAGGCCGGACACCAUGCUCGGAGUCGUGUGUGGGGCUCUUCACGUUGCCGACGUGAGCUUUCGGAAUAGCGUCUCCAACUUCCUGCACUCCCUGGAGAGGGGCCAAGUCCUGCCUGCUCAUACACUUCUGAACACUGUGGAUGUCGAACUGAUUUACGAAGGGAAGAAGUACGUUAUGAAGGUGACCCGGCAGUCUCCAAACUCCUACGUGGUCAUUAUGAACGGCUCCUGCGUAGAGGUCGAUGUUCACCGGCUCAGCGAUGGGGGGCUUCUUUUAUCAUACGACGGAAGCAGCUACACCACUUAUAUGAAGGAGGAAGUGGACAGGUACCGCAUCACCAUUGGCAACAAGACCUGCGUCUUCGAGAAGGAAAACGACCCGUCCAUUCUGCGUUCGCCUUCGGCAGGAAAGCUCAUCCAGUACGUGGUGGAAGAUGGCGGCCAUGUUUUCUCAGGCCAGUGCUUUGCUGAGAUUGAGGUAAAAGGUUAUUUCCACAAGGCAGAGGCCAAUCCACCUCAGCAACAGUUUCUUUGA